GAAACUACCAUCGUGACGUAUAAUCUAGUGGACAGGACGCGUCUUCAACAACAACAACAGCUAGUCAUCCACCUCCGUAGCUUGCUAGCUAACAGCUGAAACACUACAUUUCUUGAGCCACUGUCGGUGUAUAUUAGCCACUGUGUUUGAAACACAAGUCUGUCGUAUUGCCGAAUUUAAUUUCAUUUUACGCUGCUAGUAGUCAGCUAGCUGACUGGUUAAAUCAGAAGUAGCACCUGGCUAAUCAUUAAUGCUAACCAGCUAACGUUAGCUAACUAACAUCCCGACCAUGAGUUCACUAAGCUACUCUCCUGAUAAAGAAGAGGUGGUCUGCUGGACGGAGAAAGAAGCUCUCAUGAAAGAGGAGGAGGCUGUCACAGUUAAACAAGAAGUAGAGGAUGAGGCUGUUACAGUUAAAGAAGAAGAGAAAGACGUUACAGUGAAAGAAGAGGAUGUUACUGUAAAAGAAGAAGAAGAAGCUUUCAGAGUGAAGGAGGAGCAGCAGGCUGCAGUGUUUGGAGUGAAAGAGGAGGAGGGAGAGUUGACGGUCACAGUGGAAGAAGUGUUUGGAGUUAAGGAAGAAGGGGAGAUUACUGUCACAUUGGAUGAGGAAGAGGGAGAAUUAGAGAAGACUGGAAAUCUGAUUAACACCAGAGAGAGACCAGACUCUCACUCUGACAGCGGGAAGAGUCCUUCAGGGGAACCAGACCCAGAGACGCCCAAACCAGCAAGACCGCAUCACUGCUCCCACUGUGGAAAGAGUUUUACCUGGUUAGGGUACCUAAAACAGCAUGAGAGAACACACACAGGAGAAAAGCCUUUCCAAUGUUCCCAGUGUGAAAAGAGUUUUACCGUGUUAGUUAACCUGAAAAGGCAUGAGAAACUACACUCUGGAGAAAAGCCAUUCCAAUGUUCCCAGUGUGGAAAAAGUUUUACCCGGUUAGGACACUUAAAAGAGCAUGAGAGGACACACACAGGAGAAAAGCCUUACCACUGCCCCCAAUGUGAAAAGAGAUUUUCACGAUCAGGGGAUCUAAAAAGUCAUGAGAGGACACACACAGGAGAAAAGCCUUACCAAUGUUCUCAGUGUGAGAAGAGUUUCACCCAGGUAGGGAACCUGAAAAUACAUAACAGAAUACACUCUGGAGAGAAGCCUUACCACUGCUCCCAAUGUGGAAAGAGUUUUACCUGGUUAGGGAGUCUGAAUUCGCACGAGUGGACACACAGAGGAGAGAUGCCUUACCACUGCUCCCAAUGUGAAAAGCGUUUUAGCCAGUUGGAGCACCUGAAAUCACAUGAAAGAACACAUUCAGGAGAGAAGCCUUUCCACUGCUCUCAUUGUGGAAAAACAUUUUCCCAGUCAGAGGACCUGAAAUCCCAUGAGAGAAUAGAGAGGCUGUGUUCUGACUUAUGUUUUUGACUGGAAAUGUGUGUGUUUUGAAAUCAUAUUGUUUAUAUGAAACCAAAAUAGGCCUACUCUUGUUUUUUUUUCAUUCUGAGACAUGAUCGAUAAAAAAUAUCUCUUAAGUCUGGGUAGGCUGGGUGGGAGGUAACCCAAUGGGUAUGUCUGGGUAGCCUUUUGACCUUUUAUUAAAACAGGUUUGGCUUCAUUGGUGGAUAGAUGAUUGUAGAUGCAAGGAUGGUUUUCCUAGGUUAUCGAAAGGAAACUAAAACGGUGUCAAACAAGGCAUAUCUACAUGGGCAUUACAUGAAAUGCACUUCAACAAAGUUCCAAAUCUCAUAUAUAUACAUACAUACACACAAUAUGAAUCAACACUUGGUAAAGUUUCUAGCAGUAAACGGGAUUUGAAUAUUAUGUAGAACUCUUAAUCAGAGGUGCUAAAAACAAAACUAAAGAGUUACACUAUAUGACCAAAAGUAUGUGGACACCUGUUGUCAAACAUCUCAUUCCAAAAUCAUGGGCUUUAAUAUGGAGUUGGACCCCCCCCCCCCCCCCCCCUU